AAAACAAGCACCUAGAGUUUAGUAUAGUUGAAUUGAUACUUAUUUUUUGAAGGAAGAAGUUCUGGACAUAUUUCAAAUGAGGAACUGCAAUUUUGUCACUACACCAGUUGACAAAGGAGUAAAGCUUGUGAAAGAUCCAGAAGGCAAAUCUAUGGACAGCAAACUGUAUAAGCAGAUUGUUGGAAGUCUGAUGUAUCUUAUAGCAACAAGACCAGAUAUAAUGCAUGGUGUAAGUCUGAUUAGCAGAUACAUGAAGCAUCCAAAUGAGUUGCACUUGCAGACCGCUAAAAGAAUUCUCAGGUAUUUAUGUGGAACUGCAGAUUUUGGAUUAUUCUACAAGAAGGGUGACCAGACAGAUCUCGUAGGCUUUACAGACAGUGAUUAUGCUGGAGAUCUGGAUGAUAGAAAAAGCACUUCUGGGUUUGUUUUUAUGUUGAGAUCUAGUGCAAUUUCAUGGUCUUCAAAGAAGCAGCCCAUUGUGACUUUGUCCACAACAGAAGCAGAGUAUGUGGCAGCAACUUCUUGUGCUCAUCAAGCUAUUUGGUUGAGAAGAAUUAUGGAAGAACUUGAGUUGAAUCAACAUGAGGCCACUUCAAUUUACUGUGAUAACAGUUCAGCCAUUAAGCUUUCUAGAAAUCCAGUUCUACAUGGGAGAAGCAAGCAUAUAAAUGUGAGGUAUCAUUUCUUGCGCAACUUGGUAGAAGAUGGAACAAUUGAGUUGAUUUAUUGCAGAACAGAAGAUCAAGUGGCUGAUAUAUUCACAAAAUCCCUCAAAGUAGCAGAUUUUUCAAAACUAAGAAAGUUACUUGGUGUUUGCAGCAUGCAGAAUUCAGUUUGAGGGAGGGUCUGCAGAUUUCAGAUUGUAGAUCUGCAGAUAUGGUGUUAUCCAGAUUUCUUUAAACUAAAAUCUAAAGACUUUCAAUUUAAGGGAGGCAUUGUUAGAAAUUACAUCAUAUUAUUUAGCCAUUAUCUCUAUAUUUUAGGAAGUUUAAGUUAUUUGUUUGUUUUAGGUUGUUAUCAUUUAAAUUAAAUUAGAUAAAAUUGU